UGUUUGCCUUAUCUAUGGCACCAAUUCUAGAAUUUAUCUCUCAAAUGUCGGCUACUUCAUGUACUUCCAUUGUAACAUUUGUUCGCUGUUUAGUUAUCAUCUGAGUUUUUCUUCCCUCAAAUCCGGGGUCGGAUUGUCAGCCUAGGGGUUUCGCAUUCACACAAGUAUUCACCAUUCACUAGUUACAGCAUACAGUACAGAAUAACUACAAGAAUGCUCCGAUAGAUUAUUAGUUUCUGGUCUACAGCAUGGAGUAUGAUCACAACUUGAAUUAUCCUUCAAUGGACAUCGAUAAGUCAUCGAAAGUACCGUUCACGCAGCGUUCAUUUUCUCUACUGAGAUGGCGGCACAUAUUUCUUCAAUGCUAUUUAUAUCACUCAACGAUGACGAUAAUUUAUCGUUAUGACUAUGGCUAGGCAACUUCGAGAUUCACCUUCUUUGUCCCUCACAUGAUUCCCAAAAUAGGGUGUGAAUCAAUGGGGUUUAUGCUUUGUCCGUCCAUUCACACACAUUAAGGUUCAACAUCGAGUUCCUUUGAUAAAGUCGAUCUAGUCAAAAUGGCUCUAAUAUCUACCCUUCGCGAAAGCUAUGCUAACUUAUGGCUACCGACUCGACAAACAUUACUGUCUCAUACAAUACGACAACCUCAUACGAUAUGACGACCCCGAACUAUUCUGAAGAGGUUGGCGAUGCAGUCUCGGCCCCGGUAGGCAUUUUGACAUCAGCAAACCCAAAUUUGGUCAUUUCGAUCGAUACUGCUAGCAUCGCCACAUUGACUGGUAGUACACUAGCUGCUGGUGAAAGCUCGAUAUCUCAAACAGCGUACUCGGUACCAGAUCCUAACGUCUUCGUACUUACUACCUUUUCAACCACAACUGUCCCAUACACAGAUCCCGUUGUUCAAGUUCCUACUCAACCAACCGCUGAUAAUGUCGAACCUGUCCCCGUAUCUACUUCCCUCAUUUGCGGUUUUCCUGUAGCCGUGACACCCUUGAGCACUAUAGAUAUCGCCCCCUCUGUUACAAUACUCCCGACCAUCCCACCUACUGCUCCUCCCCUGCUAGAUUCCACGUCAUCAACGUCCUUUUCAACUCUAACGCUGUCAUAUGUUGAUCCUACCACUUUAGAAACAUUGUCCUCUGUUCCACCACCAACACCAACACCAACACCACCGCCGCCGACAUCGUCGUCAUCAUCGUCAUCAUCGUCAUCAUCAUCCUCAACCAACGGCCCCACCCCCACCACUUCUAGCCACUCUUCAUCCAAUUCUGUCGUUGUCUACGUCGGAGCCGCCAUUGGUGGUGCCUUAUCUCUCGCCAUCUUGAUCUUCGCAAUCUUUUGUCUUCUCCGGCGCCGCAAACGCAGACAUCCAAAACACCAUCCAGACCGUCCAGCUUUCAUUGGCGGCUACGAAUUAAAACUAGAUAAAGUAGGGGAUCUGCAACGUGUUGUGCAUGAGAAGAGAGUGAGGAGGUAUACAUUUGAGGCAUGGAAAAGAGGGGUUGUGCCUGAUAUCGACUCGGAUCAUGUAGCUGGGAAGAGCGAAGUUCAUGUUACUGGUGGAACCCCUUUGACUGGGUAUUCAAAUUCUUUGGAUGAGCUUGCAGAAGAUGCGCCUGUGUCGGAGGCUAAUGAGGAGGGAGGAUUAGUCAGAAAGGGUGCAGAGGCAUCAGUUGAAGAUGAUCACGAUGAAUAUAUGGUCUCGCCAAUCGAGGAGCAGGGAGAAGAAAGAUGGCUGGAGGUGGAAGAGCAGAAAACGGGAAAAUCACUAUCUGGUAUUUUCCCCUUGAUUUUUCAAUGGGAGAAAAGAGUGGACCAGAAAGGAGAUUCGGCAACUGGUACGGUUGAAUAGACAAUGUAGAUCGAGGAUUUCUUUACACUAGACACAUACAAGAAGAGAAACAUAUAGAGGCACUGUAAACAUUACUUUCGAUAGAUAAAUAUAUCAUAGCUAGCGGGCUCAUAGAAACGCAGAUUCCUCUUA